AUGCCUGCUAAACGCAAGGCUAAGACCCCUCCGAAAGCUCCAGCUGCGAAGCGUACAGCUGUACAAGACGUACGGAAAAGAUCUAGUGCUAAGCCUGGGAUGUUGUCCAAAAGUGCUCAGGCAAGGCUGGAUGCUAAAGCAGCUGCUGAGAAGGCAGCGAUCCAACGAAGAGCGGCUGAAAGAGCGGCUAUCGCUGAGAAGAAAAGAGCUCGAGAGGAGGAGCGGAUAGCAGCUCGAGAGGCCAGAAAAGCUGCCUCUGAGCGCGCUGCUGCUGAGAAAGCCGCUGCCAAAGCACGAGUGCCUGCCAGUUCUAUCGUGAUAGAGAGCGAGGAUGAGGGCGACGACGCUGAGCAGCCUGAAGACCUUGAUCUUGUCGAAAUUGUUACUCCAGCAGAGAUCCGCAUCAAGUGGCAUUACCCUGCUCAUCGAGGCUCACAGUUUCGAGGGAUCGCACCGCCAGGAAUGCUCACGAAAAAGCUUGCUGGCAUGCCUUGCUUCCUCGACAUCGUUAUCAAGAAUGCUCUGAUUGCCUGGCUGAACGAUCAAACCACACGUAUUGCUCGAGUAACAGAAGGACGAACUGUUCGUGCUCAAUACAGCUUUGCAAGGAUUAUCGUGGGCAAAGGCAAUGCUGUUCAUAAAGGCGAGAAGAUCUAUUGCGACGAGGUGAUGAGCGACGAUUUCCACGAUGCUGCGCACCAAAUCAGCAAUAUUCUGCUCGAUAGAAAGAAUCCCCAUUGGCUCAGCAUCACAUAUACCUUCAAUCUCGAGAUUAGCAGCAGCAGAUAUGUUCCUCAUGCUGUAUCGCGAGGAAUCCCUCCAGCUGUAGCUAGCCAGCUGGCAGCAGAUACCCAGACUGCUAUCGAAGCAGAGGCCAGCGAGUUCAACGAUCUCUUCACGCCUGCCAGCACAGCAACACGAGCGCUCCAGACGCCAGGAACUGCUCGCUCGCGCUCAAAAGCCUCGAGUAUGCAUGAGCAGAUCAAUGCUCUUCACAGACAGCUCAAUAUCCAUUGGCAAUGCUGUGAUCCUAUGCGCUGUACCAACAACAGAAACAGUACAAAGUUUGCUGUACACUGCUGGGUUGAGCCUGAUGGGCAUCAUCUAAAGCUUAACCAGCAAGAUCUGAUGCAAUGGGCAGAGAAGAUCGCAAACAAGGCUGAAAAGGCUGAUAUUGACCAUAUUCCACAUACCAUAUAUUGCCAGGUCCUCGGUCGUGCUCUCAGCAAUGCACAGGCAACCUCGAGCACUGGAGAUAGCUUCGCAUCCAGCUCAACAACUGAAGCAGCGCCAGCAUUAGCCAUAUGGGAUAACCUCCUUGGCAGGAAAGGGAAGGCAUGCGCUGGGAAAAGCAGCAGCUCUGUUGGCGGCAACAUCAUCAAUAUCAACGGAGGAGGAGAUCCUGCGAUGCUGGCACAGUUGCUUCAGGGGCAGCUCAACAGACCUGAGUCGACGACGCCCUCAUUCCUGCCAUCAUCAGCCCCUCCGACGAUGCCUUCCUCCGUAUACGCAUUCCACCAGAUGUCUGGGGGGUUGCCCCCCUCGAGAUAUGCGCCUUCUCAGGCGCCAACCACGCCACCACAGCAGCCAGUUGUGAUCCUCUCUUCGAGCCCUGUUAUGCCAGAAGGGCUUGAUGUAGAUGGCUUUAUGGAUGAGUUCUUCAAAGUGCUUCGGCGGCGGAAAGCUCGAGAUCUGAUGGAGGCUGAGGCUGUUCGUCGUAUGGAAGAGAAGCUAGCUCUCGAGAAUAUUGCCCUCAGCAAGCUCAGCAACGUGCCGUAUAGCUGGUAUGAUACACAUAGCAUCGAAGCACGCACUAUCAGCUUGAUGCAUCAGUUCCUGAAGGAAUUCCUCGUCGAGAAAGGUGGAAAUAGCAUCAACUUAGCUGGUCAACAGCCUGUAACUCCUCCUGUCUCGCAACAGCCUGAUCAACAGCCUGUGCCGCCUUCGCAAGCAACAACAGCAUCAGCAGCUUCGCCUGGAUGGCAUCAACUAUCUGGAUAG